GAUGAGUUGAGAGGAUAUCGACUGUUGAAGGCCGCUCGACUUUCAACCUCUGAGAGACAGAACGUCUUGACGCAGACGGCCAACAGUACUCACUAUCACCAGGUGAGGUUGGCCCUCCGGACUUUGUUUUCUGAUGAUGUGGAAGCAAGUCAACAGCAACCUCAUGAACGACGACGUACUGCCUGGAUGUUGGAAGAAGACUGUGGCCCUGAGGCCUAUGCUAUGGAAGAUGGAUAUGAGGAGCUUGACUGGCAGCAACAUGAUUGGAGUCCUGUCAGUUGGGACGAUGGAUAUGAGCCCACCUACUGGCAAGACUGGAGUGAUCCUUGGGUCGAACUCGAUUGGCAAGAUGAAGCAUGGCCUGAUGACUUCGAGCCGGACGCUACCAGUGAGAAGGAGGAAGCCAGUGCAGUUCAGCUGGAAGCUCUCUCGUCAGGUCACCUGACCAUCGACCUGGCAGCAGAAGCAUCGCCAGUGACUUCGGCCAAAGAGCUCUUGGCUCAACGGCUCAAAGAUCUCCGGCAGAUUCGUUCCCGUGAGCAUGGACAAGACCCUUCCAGAGAAGACUCCAUCGGCAUGUGCGGCCUUCGAACCACAUACGUGGUCAAGAAGGCAGGGCAUGGGCAGACCCGCCAAAUGGGCCCGGAUCCUCAGAUCAUCCGGCUGGCAUUGAGCUCCUUGGAGAAGAACACAAGGCCGGAGGAGAUGAGCGCCGAUGUUGUCAACGGCAAGAUCAUGGAGAUCAAGGGCACGAUGUUGCAGAUGGGCUUGAAGACUCCCAUGGCCCUCAACCUCACUCUGAAGGAGUACGAGGAUCGCCUCGAGAAGUUCGGCCGAGCCGACGGCAAGCCA